AUGUAUGCAUAAAGACAUUUCGGUAACCUUUUUGAAAAUGUUAAUUUAUGUCUAUUUGUUUUGGAGUCCUUUGUGAUUGUCACACCCACUUUUCAUAGAUCAAAGUGUUUAACUGCCUCCCGAACAAUACAGUACAAAAGCGUUAACAAAUCAUUUUUAAUUUCACCAUCAAUUUUGAUUACAAACAGUCAACUUUGACAAAAUUACCCGAUAAAUAGGAUUAUGUCAGUCUUAAUCAAUAAUCCGUGAUCAGUGUGAAAAAUGUGCAAAAAAAUCAACUGAAUACGUAGGAUUGUACUAGGCGUUAAUUUGUAGGAGAGAUAAAAUUAUUCUGCAUGUAACUUGUACAUUGUGAAGACGCGUGUCAAGAAAAGUAUCGAAUGACACGGAGCCUCGGGGUUUUAGCAGCUGACGAUCGAUGGUAGCGGAUAGUAGUUGUAAGUUCCAUUUAGUGAUGGGAUAAAGGAUAAAGACGGGACGAAAGUAAUUUAUAUCCAUGAUGACUUGUGUGUUACCGAUGAACCCUAUAUACAAUAAACAUGUAGGAUUUAAUGAGGAACCUGGAGAUUUUGGGGGAUAUAACUGGAUACCUAACAGAUUAGCAGAUUGUACCUGCAGAAUCGAAAACCACUCAACAAUGUGCAGAAAAUCUGUGGCAAAAACAGGCUCAUACGUUGAUGAAAACAAGAAUGAAGUCGAAAUGAAGAUUGAAUUCGAUGGAAUAGACAGACAAAAUAAUAAAAGGAAGUCUGGCAUUGAUUGUGAUGAUUUGGAUAAUGUUCCACAUAAAAAGGUUCAUAAAAAGUCAUUUGAUUGCGUGUUGGAAAAACCUCCAACAAAAAGAAUAUCUCCAUUUCUGAAUACCCCCAAGGAAAGGAAGGAAGAAAGAAGGAAAGUACUAAAAAUAACAGUUCAGAAACUGAAACUUAUAGAUGACCCUGAACAUUUCUUAAGAAGGUCGGUUCUAAUAAACAAUACUCUCAAGAAAGUGCAAAAGGAAAUUAGAGACGAAAAAGCAAAAAGUUAUCAAGGAUACAAGUCAGCCUUCUAUCGAUCGUGUGAUGUUAGUUAUUUGCAAUGGGAAAAUCAAGUUAGUGCACAAUUCAAUAACGAUGACCCUUUGACAAAACGUUUAGAAGAAGAAGAUUCUUGCAAACUUUCCAAUGACUCGGACAAUUAUAAUAAUAAUAAUAAUAUAGAAAACAAAACGGACGAUAUUCUUAUGGAAAAUCUUCAUGAAAAAUCGUGUGCUGACAGUCAUGAUAGUGAUAUAGACACCGUAUUUCAUAGCUUGAUACGAGUGCUAGACGAGACGUAAUGUUUCUGAACGAGAUUAGAGUGGUUCUGACAUGUGGUUAUGCAUGUAAAAUGUGUUAGGUGUAUGAAUGAAGUAUCACAGCUUGAAUUUAUUACAUGAAUGGUUUAUCAUCAGCGAAAGAAAAACAUUACAUUAUGUUCAUUUAAUUUUCAGUCAUAAUUAUCGCUUAAUGAAAGAAGUUCAGAUAUAAUUGAGGUUUUAAAAACCACUAUAAUUAAAUCUCACGAUGUUUAAUUUAUUUAUUUAUUACUGAGAAUAUUUGUUGACUAUUAUGUAUGCAACAUUGGUGUUUUAACAUAAUUAGCUUUAGGCCAGGUGAUCCUAGUCAUCGGAGCGUUUGAGGCUUUAAUUGAUGGUCCAUAUUUGUAAAAUGUCACCGUGCUGUUUACCUGUCCCAACUGUUACUUGAUUUACCUGUAGGGGAGACAAUUUUCACAGUCCUUGAAGUCUCCAGGAUAUCUGUUUCCGUAUAAUGUUCUAAUCAUUCUAAAUUGACAUAUUACACUUACAUUUACAUAUUUAAUGUACUUUUACACCUUUUUGUGUAAAAUUUUUGAAGAAUUAACCAACAGAUACUUUAAAAAUUUAAUUUUUCUGCGACAAUACAUUAUUUUACAAAACUGACGAGACGAAAUGUCUCAGCAGACGCCAGGUAUUUUUAUUCAAAAAAUAAAGUGUUUGUAACAACAAUUAAAACUGCACAUGCGAAUUAAGCGUAGGGAUUUAUUUUGGCGCCUGUCGUAUGAAGUUAAGUGUUUUUUUUGCACACUAUGUGAUCUGAACACAAAAUACUCUUAAUAGAAAUAUUCAUUAAUUGCCUCAAAACAUAUUUCAUAGUGCUAUAGGUUCCUUUGAAAUUUAAACUUUCUGCAAUUGCAAGUCACAUGCAAGUAGAAGUCAUUUAAAUUAAAUGAAUUACUUUCUGUCAGAUGGAAAUACAAAGUAACAUGAGCAUAACUAUAAUCUCCUUGUAUUUUAUCAUUUACAGUUGUACUUUUGAUGGUAACUGUUAAAUAAUUUAAAGAAAAUAAGUUUUAACUUUGUUCGAGAGAUUAAAUUUCAAAUCAUUUAACACACGAGUUUUUAUGCUUUGUUCAGGUGUAAACUAAUCAAAUUAAGAAUAUGACAAGAAAGAAUGCAAUUCUAGUUAUGCCAAGCUUGAUGCAAGGCAUCCUUUGUGUUACAACUUUUGAACAUUCCUAUCUUACUAGUCAAGCCGAUAGAUUACCGCCAUUUAAAAACAACUUAUUUUCACUUUCUUUCAUUUAUUAAUUUACUAUGACAAAAUCCUUUUAAUUUUUUCUCAACAACAAUAUAGAGUAAUACUAAACUAUUUUAAAACGACUAUUUGUACGUUGAACGUAAGGUUAUUUGGCUCGGUUCCAGUAACUAGUUCACCUCGGUUAAAAACUGUAUUAAAUGUACUAUAUUCCUAUAGAUAAGCGAUCAUUGAUUUCUAACAAACGUCCGGUCUCAAAAUACCCAUAUUAUUAUGAUCAUGACAGACCUUUAAAACAAUGCCGCCGUAUUUUAUUACAAGUAAAUGUUUACACUUCAAGGCAAAAUAUGUAAUUACACAUUUGAUAGCCUUUAAAUGUAUGUAUGAUAACAAGGAAAAUCCGGGAAAUAUGUUAAAUUGAUUAAGUAGGCAUUUGUGAAGUCAGCAUUUCCUUUCGUAGUAAUGGUUUUGUUGAGUUUCUUUGUAUUUUUGUUUAUAAUUGAUUUCGCACAUCAUUAUGAAACUAUUUAGACCAUGGUGGUAGCUUGCCUUUAUAUGUAUAUUUAUUUUCAUGGUCGACAUUAUUAUUCUUUUGUCAUAAUUUUCCCCAACAUCACCAUAUUUAUUCUUUUUCAUAUAAUGAAAUGUUAGUUCCCAUCUGUUUGUAUGUCUACAAAUGUGAUAUUUUUAUGAUGACAUUGAAAUAUAUUAUACAUAUGAACAGCUGUGAAUAUUUGACAUGUUAUAUACAAAUGAUGCAUACGAUCUCUAAGAAUUUAAAAAAAUAAAUAUCUGCAAAAUA